AAGAUCCUAAGAACUUGGAAUGUCAUCCAAAGCUGGUGAUUGUAACAGUUAUUUAUGAAGCUGAGGGAAUGUGGAAGAUCCAAACCAAAGUCCAAGCUUUGAUCAAAUCUUGGAGCAGCUCAAUCCCCAAAUCCAGCAUCAAUUUCCAGUUCCACCGUCCCUUUUCCUCCAUGGAUUCCAUUUCCUCUCCUUCGAGGACCAUUUCCGUCUUCUCCACUAUUCCUCUGCCGCCGGGCUCCGAUGCCGCCGAUGCCUCUGGAAAUUCUACUUUGUCUCGGAAGCCGAUCAGUCUCUGGCCCGGAAUGCACCAUUCGCCGGUCACCACAGCUCUCUGGGAAGCUAGGUCCAGUAUCUUCGAGAGGCUGCUUGAUCCUCCUAAAGAUGCGCCGCCGCAGAGCGAACUGCUUACCAAAACGCCUUCUCAGAGUCGGACGAUUGUCAUUUAUAAUUUCUCUUCUGAUUUCAUUCUGAGAGAGCAGUACCGAGAUCCGUGGAAUGAGGCCAGAAUCGGAAAGCUGCUCGAAGACCUAGAUGCCUUGGCCGGCACCAUCUCCGUUAGACACUGUUCUGAUGUUGAUAGCACAACCAGACCACUUUUGCUAGUCACUGCCUCUGUUGACAGGAUUGUUCUGAAGAAGCCAAUUAGUGUUGAUGCUGAUCUGAAAGUAGUUGGUUCAGUCAUUUGGGUUGGGAAAUCCUCAAUUGAGGUUCAGUUAGACAUGAUCCAGUCCACAGAAGUUGCUCUGACAGCAAACUUCAUAUUCGUGGCUCGCGACUCUAAGACUGGGAAAGCUGCUUUGGUUAACAGGAUUUUGCCAGAAACUGAGGAAGAAAAACUACUUUUUGAGGGAGCAGAAGCCAGAAGUAAGUUAAGGAAAAGGAAGAAUAGAGGUGGUAUGUGGGGGUUGGAAAAUGGUGAUAUAAAAAGAAUUGAUGCUUUGCUAGCAGAGGGAAGAAUCUUCUGUGACAUGCCAGCCCUGGCAGACAGAGACAGCAUUCUUCUCAGGGAUACUCGCCUCGAGAACUCUUUGAUUUGUCAACCACAACAAAGAAACAUACAUGGUCGCAUUUUCGGAGGGUUUCUGAUGCAACGAGCAUUUGAAUUGGCUUUCUCAACAGCAUAUGUAUUUGCUGGAAUGGUGCCUUACUUUUUUGAAGUUGAUCAUGUUGAUUUCUUAAAACCUGUAGAUGUCGGUGACUUCCUACGUUUCACAUCUUGUGUUCUUUACACGGAACUCGACAAUCCAGAUCAGCCAUUGAUCAACGUUGAAGUCGUUGCCCACGUCACUAGGCCCGAGAUCAGGUCUAGCGAGGUUUCGAACACGUUCUAUUUCACUUUCACCGUGCGUCCAGAGGCAAAAGCGAAUGGGAACGGAUUCAGACUUCGCAACGUCGUUCCAGCAACAGAAGAAGAAGCUCGUCGUAUCAUCGAGCGCAUGGAUGCCGAAAAGAUGCUCAGGGACUUGAGCAAGCAAUCUGAAUCAGGUUAGGCUUAGGCAGCCAACACAAUGUGGCUUUUAAGUUCAAAGAAAAUUAAUGAUAUUCAAAUGGUGUGAAUGUGGGCUUAGCUUAUGAUCACAUAUGCUGUUGGAGGGAGCAGAGCAAUCAAAUUAUGUAAUGGGACAUUGAUAUCAUUAUGUAAUUUUAGGAAUAAAUGUCUUUUCAA